AUGUUGGGCCAGUUUUCAAUCAGACAUAGUAAAUUUCGCCACGUCUAUGGCCAACCUUAUAGAAGAGACUUGUGCUAUGAUAGUAUCCAUGUCGCUAAGAAUGCCUUCGACUCCUCAUAUUGUGCGGUAAACGGUAAAUUUAUUGCUGUAAUAUUAAGUAGUGGUGGAGGAGGCUCUUUUCUCGUCCUACAAAAGGAGAAGACAGGUCGGGUGGGUAUUAAAUGCCCUCGAGUUGUUGGCCACAGAGGACCUGUUUUAGAUAUUGCAUGGAAUCCAUUCAACGAAAACAUUAUAGCAUCAUGUAGCGAAGAUCAUAGCAUCAGAAUAUGGUUUAUACCGGACGAUGGCAUACCAUUAAAGAUUAAAAAGCAGGAUGAUGAAGAAGAAAGAGUAGAGGAAUUAGACGAGUCAGUCAUAAUACUAAAUGGUCAUUCACGCCGUGUCAACAUGGUAGUCUGGCAUCCAACCGCUAAUAAUGUACUUGCAAGUAGUAGCUAUGAUUUAAGCGUAGUAAUUUGGAAUGUUGCCCAAGGUUCUAUCUUAAAUCGAAUCGACUGCCAUAAACUACCUAUUUUUUGUAUUGCAUUCAACAACGAUGGCAGCUUGCUAGCAUCCACAAGUAAGGAUAAAAAACUAAGAGUGAUUGAUCCAAAGACAUCGGAAGUUAAAAACGAAGGCAUAUGUCACUUCGGUUUAAAAGGUGCUCGCGUCAUCUUUGCUGGAAAAUUUAAUAAAAUCAUAACUACUGGCUUUUCUAAACACAGUGAACGUCAAUUUGCUGUCUGGGAUCCGGACAAUCUGAAAGACCCAAUUAAAUUAGAAGGCAUUGAUAGUGGCACCGGAAUAUUAUUUCCAUUCUAUGAUCAGGAUAGAAAUAUUUUAUACCUAGCUGGAAAAGGUGAUGGAAAUAUCCGCUUUUAUGAACUGUUUGAUCAAAAGCCAUACUGCUAUUUCUUAAACCAAUUUAAAUCGCCAUCGCCUCACCAGGGCUUAACUUGCUUACCAAAUCGAUACCUUGAUGUACCCAAAUGUGAAAUUUUUCGAUUUUAUAAAUUACAUUCCCAAGGUUAUCUCGAACCAGUGAGCAUGAUUGCUCCAAGAAAGUAUGAUAGCAUCCAAACUGAUCUCUAUCCAUUGACUAAUGCUGGUAUACCAUCAAUGGAAGCUAUGGAAUGGUUCGAAGGCGCUAGUAAGCCUCCAGUGUUGAAGUCAAUAACCGAAGACGCUAUAGCCGAGUACCGUAGUAGAGCAAAAUCAAUAACUAAAAUGGCGUCGGCAGUAAAUAAAAAUAAUGCCUUACUGGAAGAAGAAGCCAAAAAACGUGGCCUUGAAAAUAUGACAAAAGAACAACUAAUCAUAGCCUAUAAGCUGCUGCAGCAAGAACUUGAAAAUGUUAAGAAAGAAUUAGCACUCAAAAAUCAAGAAAUUAAAAAACUAAAAGAGAAAUCUUAG